UAUAUCUAAUAACUUUGAUGUCAAGACCAUUGUGAAGAAAAUGUUGGAGUCAUUAACCGACAGCAAAAUUGACGAUAAGUUAUCAUUUGAAUACAUACAACAUACACUUCAUGAGAAUUGAACUGGUGAGAGGUACUUGUUGGUUUUGGAUGACAUUUGCAAUGUUAGUCAUAAAAAUUGGACUCAGUUGAGAACUUAUUUGAUGUGUGGUGCUGAAGAUAGUAAGAUUUUAAUGACAACUCGUAGUAAAAUUGUGUCAGAGAGACUAGAAACAAGCAAACUCUAUGUUUUGAAUGGUUUAACACUAGAUGUAUCUUGGAGUAUGUUAAAGAAAAUUACAUUUGGGAAUGAAAUCAGUGUAGUGGAUCAAAACCUUGAAUCAAUUGGUAAAAAAAUUGCAGAAAAGUGCAUGGGAGUUCCACUAGCAAUUAAAACAUUGGGAGGCCUAUUACAGAGUAAAAGCAAAGAAAGGGAAUGGAUCAAUGUCUUACAAGGCGAAUUUUGGGAAUCAUGUGAAGACGAAAAAAGCAUCAUGUUGAUCCUGACAUUGGGUUACCAAAGUUUGUCGCUUCGGUUGAGACAAUGUUUUGCUUAUUGCUCUCUAUUUCCUAAGGAUUGGGAAAUCGAGAAGGAUAUGUUGAUUCAACUUUGGAUGGCACAAGGUUAUCUUGAAUGCUCAGAUGGUAAACAACUCCUGGAAGAUGUCGGUAACGAAUUUGUGAAGAUUCUCUUGAUAAAGUCAUUUUUCCAAGAUGCAAAAGAGGGUGAAGAUGGUGAGUUAGUUAGUUUCAAAAUGCACAAUUUAAUGCAUGAUCUUGCAACACAAGUAGCUGGUAAUGAUUGCUUUUACAUUGAAAGCGAGGCAAAAAGACGUGUACAAAGACCCGUGCAUGUAUCGUUGGAACCCAAUGCAGUUCAUUUGUUGGGCUCAUUAGAUGCAAACAGGCUGCGAACUUUGAUUUUGUGGUCUUCAAAUGAGGAGGAGGAAUUGAAUGGGGAUGAAAUGUCGGUUAUUUCAAAAUUCAAAUGUUUACGUGUUUUGAUGCUGUCAUAUUGUUCUUUAAGCAAGUUGUCUAAUUCAAUUGGAAAAUUGAAACAUUUAAGAUAUCUUAACUUAUCUCACUGUAGAGGACUUGGAAGUCUUUACAAAUCCUUUAGCAGUCUUGUUUUGUUACAAUCACUAAUUUUGACACCCAAUGAAAAAGUGAAGUUUUCAACAAAGGUUGUAUCAAAAUUAAUCAAUUUGAAGCACCUUCACAUCUCUGAUUGGGAAGUCUCCAGAGACAAGACAUCAUUUGGAUUUGUAAAAUUGAGCAUUUGGCAGCAUAAGGGGAUGGUUCUUUCAAACUGGAUUUCUUCAUUGACAAAUAUUGUUGAAAUCUCCCUCUUUUUGUGUGGAAGUCUCCAGUAUCUCCCACCAUUGGAGCAUCUCCCAUUCCUUAAGUCACUUCAUAUAAGUUUCCUUGAAGAACUUGAGUACAUAUAUUAUGAACAAGAUUUUGCUUCGGCAUUCUUUCCCUCUUUGGAGUGCCUCUCUUUGCAGUUUUGUUACAUGUUGAAGGGAUGGUGGAGGAUGGGAGAUGAUUUCAAUAAUACUAGCUGUUCACAAAAUCUCUCCUUGCCUCCUUUUCCUCGUCUUUCUCAAUUAUCAAUCAUAGGAUGUUUGAUGUUGACUUCCACGCCUACCUUUCCAAAUCUUGAGAACGGAUUGGAAUUGUUCGAUAGUAGUGUGGAAACAUUGGUAGCAACACUAAACAUAGCAUUAGAAUGUUUGAAUGAUAUCCCUCCUCUUUCCAUGCUCAAAUCCUUGCACAUUGAUGGGGUGAGCCUGAAUGUAAAAAGAAUCCCAGAGAAUUGGAUGCAAAAUCUUACUUCUCUCCAGCUCCUUCAAAUUAAUUGGUUUUCUCGUCAAGCAUUUCAGGAAAUUGAAACUUGGUUUAAGGAUGACCUGAAGUGUCUUCCUUCUCUACAAACAAUUGCCUUUCAUAAUUGUGAAGACCUAGAGGCAUUGCCAGAUUGGAUAUGCAAUCUCUCAUCACUUCAGCAUCUUAGGGUGUAUGAUUGCAUAAAUUUGGCAUCACUGCCUGAAGGAAUGCCCCGUCUAACUAACUUACAGACCAUAGAAAUCAUUGGAUGUCCCAUUUUAGUUGAAGAAUGUCAGACACAAACAGGUGAAACAUGGCCCAAAAUAGGUCAUGUACCAAAGAUAAUCUUACCAUCUCUUCAUUAGAAAGGUACCCAUAACCGCUACAAACAACUGAUUUUCUUUGGUUUCUAUUAUUUUAUUUUUCGAAUUUUCAAAAGUAAAUGACUUUCAAUAUUGUAACCAUGAAACACUUUUCUGUUCUUCCCCUUAUUGCCUUGAAUCUUCAGUAAUUAUUGCAUUUACUUGCUUAACUAAUGAAACCUUUUUAGCCAGUUUCAAUUCAUUCACAAUCCUUCUAGUUUAUUCAUCUAAAAUAUAAAUAAAAUAAAAUAGGCUGUACUUGCUUUUUCUGUUCUUCACGUAUUCAGGCUUCCUCAUUUGCAUUUUAAGUUGAUUGUGAAUUUUUAAAUUGCUGUUUUAUAGAAGUUCAUAUCGACCAUGAAAAUGGCAAUACAAAGAAAAAAACAUAACAUCUGAUUUGGCCAAUGAAAAUGGGAAGAAACAAGAUAUAAUCUGCUCUCUCUCUCUCUCUCUCUCCCAAGAUAUAAAUGUAGUCAUCUCUCCAAUUUAUACUCACUCAUCUCUUCCUGCGUAGUAAGAGGUUGGUCUUAUUGACCAAAAUAUUUGGUGCCGAUCAAGAAGCAUAGGAUUUUCUAAAAUGAUAUCAAUUAAAUCUCUUUAGAAAAAUUAUUGAGGGCUAACUAAUUUAGAGUGUUGAUUUUAUUUUUAGGCUGUUAUAGUUUACUUGAUAAUUAAGCUUUCAUCUAUAUCAAAGUUAGUACAGCUGCAGUUCAAUUUUUGUGUAAUGACUGACAUCAUUUACUAUUUUUGUCUGAAAAUUUAUUGCUAACAUUUAACCAAUUUUCAGAAACACAAAAGUUCUCUCCAUUUUCUUUUCUAUUUCAGGAUUUGCGUUUUCUGAUAAGCCUCAACCCAUAUAUGGGCUUGACAACAUCCUUGAUGCCUGAAUAUGUGUCAUCAUUGGAGUCAAUUUUUGAUGAACUGGCUGUUCGAAAGUGUCACUUGUUGUCCAAGGAUAUUCAUCACCAGUUGUCGUUAAUUAUGCUAGCACUCCCAGGGAAAAGCUUACCAACUUAUUAGAAUCAAGGCUGGACAUCAUGCGCAGGAAGAUUGCAGCGAAGAGCGUGGACACCUUAUUUAUGGGAUAGUAUGCAAAAAAGAACUAAACAUGAAGACAUCAUUUGGAUAUUUUUCAUUUAUAGAAUCAUAUGUGUUGUGAAUUCCUUGUUAAAACCACACCAAUAAAAACUUGAUGCGUGGAGCAAAUUAAUAUCAA